AUGUGUCAAGCAAAGCGACGCCGAAUUGAAAAAGAUUCAAAAGAGGUCCGAAUAGUACCAACACGGUUCGAUGAUUUUUCAAAUGAAAUCAUCUGCGAAGUAUUUGAGUACCUCGAUGCUUACAAUGUUUACACAUCUUUUCUUAAUCUCAAUACUCGCUUUCAAAAUCUUGUUUUGUAUUCUACUUUUCCCCUCCGAAUCGACAUUUUUCUGGUAUCAAAUCGAUCAUUCCAUCGAUAUUAUACGCAAUUUCUUCUCCAACAUCUCCACCGAAUUCAUUCACUUUGCCUAUUAAAUUCUUUUCCUAUGGCUCUUACAAUUCUCUUAUUACAAAAUACUUCGAAAUUCACUCGACUACGCUACCUUCUCCUCGAUCAAAUGGAGCUGGUCUACCUUGAAAAUCUUCUCCUUGCAUUAACAACAAUUCCUUCUCUCUAUUCAUUGAAUACCAUCUACAAUGGUCCCGACUCCGGUAAAUCUAAUAUAUACGAUUUAAUAUUCCGCUUACCUACUUUAAAAUAUUGCAAAAUGACAUUCAAAACUGGUUUCGACGCGGAUCUACCACCUGCAGCCAACAACUCAUUUAGUCCAAUAAAAUACCUUUAUUUGAAAGGAGAAUGUAAACUCAACAUCCUUUCAUCUAUUUUAUCAUAUACUUCUCAACUCCGUUAUUUAUCUGUGGACACGUUGGAUGCAGAUGCUCGCGGUCCAUCUGAAAUUCUCUCUGUUGCAUCGAAUAACUAUCUAUUACGCGCAUCGAUUUCACUAGGAAAAAUUCAACCUGAGCAGCUUCUAUCCUUCAUGUCACGACAUUUUACACAUCUAAACAUGUUACAUUUAUCGAAAAGUGCAAAUAACUUGGAUGUUUACCAAUGGAAGGCGUUGAUUUUAUCUCAUACUUCACAUUUACGUAUAGUUAUUUCAUGCAAUUAA